GCGAGAGAUGGCAGAAUAUACUACUGUCAGCCAGCCACAUCCACUCCAAUCAGAGCGAGAAAAGUGAUAAUUUUCAGCACCACAUUCGAUAGAUCAUACUUUUUCUCUUUGCGAGUGUACUUUUGUUGUGGGAAUUUUCGUAGAAGUAGAUUUCUGGUCCAGUCCUACUAGGUACAAGCGUACGUAGGAACAUACUAUUCUCUUGGAACGCAUAUAUUUAACUGGAAAAGCCCGAGUCCAGUUAUAUAAUUACGACUUACAAAUAGUGGAGGAAAAAACGGUGAAAGAGAAAGGUACUUCGCACGAGAAGGACGUCAUUCCAGGUGGAAGCAGAGGAUUAGUUUACAACAUUUGCUUCCUGGCACUAUAACCGGUGCUACUGAAUGGGCAUUUUCGGUAACUCCUGGCCUUACCGUGAACGCGUGCCUACCACCUUUUACCAGUCAGGGAAUUGAGAUCGUAUUCCCGAUAGUUUAUGAUCAGCCGUGUUGAGCUGCACUCAAUCUGGUGAGACACAGUGAAACACGGAGGCUUACCUGACAGCUGAAGUAGCCUUCUAAUCAUGGACAGUGAUGGCCUAUCGAAUGAACAGACGGAAAAAGUAUUACAAUUCCAGGACAUAACCGGUCUGGAGGAUAUUAAUGUAUGCCGGGACAUUCUGAUUCGUCAUCAGUGGGAUCUGGAGGUAGCUUUCCAGGAGCAUUUGAAUAUACGGGAAGGGCGUCCAUCUGCGUACGCUUCUGAAUCCCGUGCGCCACAGGUCGUAAACGAUCGCUUCCUGCAGCAUGUUUUCGCAGCCCAGCGCGGACCGGGAGCCCCCGUACCGUCCGGUGUGGGUGGAAUGAUUGGUUUUGUGGUCAACUACGUGUUCAAUUUCUGUUACAACACACUAUCCUCGAUCGUGGCUGCAUUUCUGAACCUUUUCAAGGACAAAGAAAGAAUUGUAACCGACCCUUUGGGCGAUGUGCUGAAAUUCAUUCAGACUUACAACGGAAAAUACCCGGAACAUCCGGUAUUCUAUCAUGGCACAUACGCUCAAGCGUUGAACGACGCCAAGCGUGAGCUCAAAUUUCUCUUAGUAUAUCUGCAUUCCGAGUCAAGCACGGAGGCGAACACGUUUUGCCGAGACACGCUUUCUAACGCUCAGGUCAUCGAAUACGUCAAUAGGCGGAUGCUGUUCUGGGCCUGUGACAUAUCUUCUCCUGAAGGAUACCGUGUAUCACACUCAAUCAAUGCACGCACCUAUCCAGUGCUUGUGAUUAUCGCUUUGAGGGCAAACAAAAUGGUCAUUAUGGGUCGCAUGGAGGGUCAUUGCAAUGGCGAAGAACUGAUACGACGCAUGGAAACCGUUGUCAAUGACAAUGAAGUUUGGCUCAACCAAGCCCGCCAGGAUCGAUUGGAAAGAGAUCUCACACAAACACUGCGCCGACAGCAGGAUGAUGCAUACCAAAUGUCGCUACGCGCGGAUCAGGAGAAACAACGUCGGAAACAGAAGGAACUCGAAAAAGCUUUGGCGGCUCAACAGGCAAUCGAGGCCGAUAAGCUAGCUGAGAUGCAGAGGUUGCAAAACAUCGAGAUGCUCAAAAUGGAAUUGGCUUCACAAGUGCCUUCCGAGCCAGAGCCGGGAGCACCCGGCACGAUCAGCAUAGUCUUCAAACUACCGAGUGGUUUGCGGUUAGAACGGAGAUUCCUUGCGUCCCACACCCUACAGGACGUACAUAAUUUUAUUUUCUGCCAUCCGGAGGCACCGGACUCGUUCGAAAUUACCACUAACUUUCCGAAGCGGGUAUUACAGUGUGCUCCAACAGAAGAUCCGUUGCCCACUUUGGUUGAGGCGGGUUUGAAAAACCGCGAAGUGCUUUUCGUAGCCGAUCUGGACGCAUAGAUAUGCAAAUAACGAUAUGUUGAGUGUGAGCAAAACAAUUAAGAUUUAAAAGAAUGGAUUUUGAGACUGGAUUGGAUAAACGUAGAUUUUGAAGAAGACAUACUUGCAGAGGAAAGGCAGAAAUUUUGUUCGCCGGGAGUGAUGCUUUUUGUCCUGAUCUUUUUUCCCUUUUACAGAGAAGCUUUUUUUUAUUGAAAACCCAUAGCAAGGUUCCAAAAUUUACAAAGUUGUCAAUAAUAAAGCAACGCAUUUGAUGCCCUGAUGUUGUGA